AUGGAGAACUUGGACCCGGCUAUAAGAGAUCGAGCCAUGGCGAUUUUCAAAUUUGGACCACCGAGCUCACCUGCCGUCGAGGCUCUAUUGCGCAACCAGUGGCAAGCGUUGCCGCUACGAGCAGACCAAUGCUGCAGUGACAAAGAGAUACAUACUCUGCUCCAGAAGAUCGCCAUCUUUUGCCAUGUAUGUAUUGCAAAAAAAAAAAAAAAAAGGACAUCAAGGUGCCUUCUCCAGUUACACACACUCACACACACACACAACACAUGUAAGUGUGAUACUAACAAGUUUGCACAUUAUAGUCUCGUCAAAUGAGCUGCAGAAGAAUCAGCAAAUUGCAGACAAUCGCCUUGAGCAACUUGCUAAGCGGUGAAAGCGGUGACCUCAAGCCUGAACAGCUCGACCCUCACUUGCCCCUCCUCGAAAUGGCGAAAUGUUGCAAGGAAAGCUCUUCGAUUGAGCCAGAGUGA